CAACCAACGGACAGGCUUUCCUUUGAGCUCUUCUCUGCUUACACGCCAAAAUCAAUUAUAAGAUCAUUGCUCCAUCUUCAUUUUCACUCCCUUCUUCUUCUUCUUCUCUGCAAAAAUAUCAAAACGACGAUGCAAAAGGUAUUCGGACUGAGGUCUCUAUGUUCAUCGACUUUAAAGCAGCAGACGCGACGUGCUUCUUUCUCUACAUCUCUUCUCUUCGACGAUACUCAGCUUCAGUUUAAAGAGAGUGUUUCUCAGUUCGCACAAGAGAAUAUAGCUCCACAUGCUUCCAAGAUUGACCAAACUAAUAAUUUCCCCAAGGAAGUUAACUUAUGGAAGCUUAUGGGAGAUUUUAAUCUUCAUGGAAUUACUGCACCAGAGGAAUAUGGAGGACUAGGUCUUGGUUACUUGUAUCAUUGCAUAGCCAUGGAAGAAAUUAGUCGUGCUUCAGGCUCUGUUGCACUUUCUUAUGGUGCACAUUCUAAUCUGUGCAUCAAUCAGUUGGUGAGGAAUGGAAGUCCUGCUCAGAAACAGAAGUACUUGCCAAAGCUUAUCAGUGGAGAGCAUGUGGGAGCCUUGGCAAUGAGUGAACCCAAUGCUGGCUCUGAUGUUGUUAGCAUGAAAUGCAAAGCUGACUGUGUGGAUGGAGGGUAUAUUCUAAAUGGGAAUAAAAUGUGGUGCACAAAUGGUCCAGUUGCUCAAACAUUGGUAAUUUAUGCAAAAACUGAUGUCAAGGCUGGCUCAAAAGGAAUCACAGCAUUUAUCAUUGAGAAAGGAAUGCCUGGAUUUAGUACUGCCCAGAAACUAGACAAACUUGGUAUGCGGGGAAGUGAUACAUGCGAGCUUGUCUUUGAGAAUUGCUUUGUUCCAGACGAAAAUGUCCUUGGGCAGGAAAGAAAAGGAGUCUAUGUCAUGAUGUCAGGGCUUGAUUUGGAGAGGCUUGUUUUGUCUGCUGGACCUCUGGGUAUCAUGCAGGCAUGUCUUGAUGUUGUUCUUCCUUAUAUUCGUCAAAGAGAACAGUUUGGCCGUCCAAUUGGGGAAUUUCAGUUUAUACAGGGGAAGGUAGCUGACAUGUACACUUCUAUACAAUCUUCAAGGUCAUAUGUAUAUUCUGUUGCAAGAGACUGUGACAGAGGGAAAGUUGACCCAAAGGAUUGUGCUGGAGUCAUACUCUGUGCAGCUGAAAGGGCAACCCAAGUUGCUUUGCAGGCUAUACAAUGUUUAGGCGGCAAUGGGUAUGUAAAUGAGUACCCAACUGGUCGUCUUCUUCGAGAUGCCAAACUAUAUGAAAUUGGGGCAGGGACUAGUGAGAUCAGAAGGAUGAUAAUCGGUCGCGAACUUUUUAAGUAGUGAGAAAGAGGUUAUGCUCAUCUGCUGUCCGGGGCAUGCCACAGCAGUCAAGUAAAUAACUCUUUUUAUUCAUUCUGAAAUGUAAAAUUCUGUUGCAGCUCAAGGAAAGAUCAUACAGAUAUACACAAUCCUUCACCAUUUUAUUAUUAAAGGAAGAAAGUUCUUGUUUUAUGUUUCAUGUACCAUGAAGUUUUUCAAACUCCAAGCCUCAUAAAGAUGUAGAAGUAGAAUAGCUUGAACUCAUUGAACGUUUUAUAGGAUGACAGUCCUUUAUGCAUUAGAAGAGACCUUUUCUUUUCUAUCAAA